GGGCUCUGGGAGCGUCACAGACAGACAGCAGCAGCGGACUUGGGCUGAGGUUCCCGGGCGGGCGCGGAGAGACGCGGGAAGCAGGGGCUUGGCGGGGGUCGCGGCGCCGCAGCCAGUGCAGCAACCCGAGGGGCUGCUGCCGCCGCCGCCGCCCAGCACGCUCCGGGGCCGCCGGCAGCCGCCAGCACCUGCCGCACCUCAACUCCGGGACCGGCCCCGGCCGCCGCCACCGCCGCGAUGGGCAACGCCGCUGCAGCCAAGAAGGGCAGCGAGCAGGAGAGCGUGAAAGAAUUCUUAGCCAAAGCCAAAGAAGAUUUUCUUAAAAAAUGGGAAAAUCCUGCUCAGAAUACAGCCCAUUUGGAUCAGUUUGAACGAAUCAAGACCCUUGGCACGGGCUCCUUUGGGCGGGUGAUGCUAGUGAAACACAAGGAGACUGGGAACCACUUUGCCAUGAAGAUCCUGGACAAACAGAAGGUGGUGAAGCUGAAACAGAUCGAGCACACCCUGAACGAGAAGCGCAUCCUACAGGCUGUCAACUUUCCGUUCCUUGUCAGACUUGAGUUCUCCUUCAAGGACAACUCAAAUUUAUACAUGGUCAUGGAGUAUGUGCCUGGCGGGGAAAUGUUCUCACACCUACGGCGGAUCGGAAGGUUCAGCGAGCCCCAUGCCCGCUUCUAUGCUGCCCAGAUUGUCCUGACCUUCGAGUACCUGCACUCACUGGAUCUCAUCUACCGGGACCUGAAGCCGGAGAACCUUCUCAUAGACCAACAGGGCUAUAUUCAGGUGACAGACUUUGGUUUUGCCAAGCGUGUGAAGGGCCGCACCUGGACCUUGUGUGGGACCCCCGAGUACCUGGCCCCUGAGAUCAUCCUGAGCAAAGGCUACAAUAAGGCUGUGGACUGGUGGGCCCUGGGGGUUCUCAUCUAUGAGAUGGCAGCCGGCUACCCGCCCUUCUUUGCUGACCAGCCCAUUCAGAUCUAUGAGAAGAUUGUUUCUGGGAAGGUGCGGUUCCCUUCCCACUUCAGCUCUGACUUGAAGGAUCUGCUGCGGAACCUCCUGCAGGUGGAUCUUACCAAGCGCUUCGGGAACCUCAAGAACGGGGUGAACGACAUCAAGAACCACAAAUGGUUUGCCACAACUGACUGGAUUGCCAUCUACCAGAGAAAGGUGGAAGCUCCCUUCAUACCAAAGUUUAAAGGCCCUGGGGACACAAGUAACUUUGACGACUAUGAAGAGGAAGAGAUCCGAGUGUCCAUCAAUGAGAAGUGUGGCAAGGAGUUUUCUGAGUUUUAGGGGUGUGCCUGUACCCCCAAGGGUUUUCUUUCUUUUUUUGUGGGAGGUGGGUGGGAGGGUUGGAUCGAACAGCCAGAGGGCCCCAGAGUUCCUAGCAUCUAAUUUCACCUCCACCCCAACCUCCAGGGUAGGGGAGCAGGAAGCCCAGAUAUUCAGAGGGACAGAAACACCAGCUGCUCCCCCUCACCCCCUUUGCCCUCCUGCCCUCCCUGAUGCUUUUGCCUUCCUCCACCGCAGCCCAUUUCUGCCUGUUUUAAAUGUGUCUCAGAUCUAGUCAGACCAGGUCUUGCUAGUGUAUCCAGGGAUAGGGUGUGGAAAAGGGGGCCCAAACUUAACUCCAGCCCCUUUCACUCCCCACCUCCCUCACCAAACCACCAGCAAACUUGAUAAGGGAGAAAAGAAUGGCCAACCUUCCACUCAAAGGAACUAGGAAGGAGAGAUUUUAGUGACAUGUGCAAUGGGCUACUUGCUAGAAUUUUUUAAAAAACAAUUUACAAACUUAUUUAAGUUCCACCAGUGCCUCCCUCCCAACUUCCUAUGCUCUCCUCCCAUCCCUUCACCCCCCCAGAUCCAUUUUAACAAGGCUGGGAAGCAGACUGACUUGUAAAGGAAAGAGCUGGGCUUCUAACCUCUCCCCCAAGCUGCUAAUCCCCCCUCCCCGGCCAAGGGGUUAACUCAGCCCCUUUAAGAAUCCCCUACCACCUCCUGUCCCAAUAGACCUUUCUUCACCCUUGGGCUUUGGGACCCAGAGCAGCUGCCCCUCUCCUUGCCAAAGAGGAGUUGUCCCCCAAAAGAUAGAGGGGGAGCCCCAAGCCCAGGAUCUUUCUCCCAGCAGUACUUCCCAAACAUCUGAAUUUUAUUCUCAGCUAGAUUUUAAUGUCCAGCCUCCUCUCAGCUCAGUUGGGAAGGCAACCCCUCCCUUGACCCCCACAAAAGGAUGUGGUGUAAUGCCCACCUCCGCCCGGUUCAAGGCCAGGAUUGCUAGGGAGAGGCUGUUUUAUUCACCCAACAGCCCCGCCCCUUCGUCCUGGGUGCUCCUCUGCUUAGCUGUCAGCUGUCACCCCUUCCUCCACUUGUGCAUUUCUCUC